CAGCGAGAGAGUGAAAGAGAAAGAGUGAGAGAGAGGUGGGGGGAGAACAGUAGAGAGCACAGGAGCAGUAUUCUUCUUUCUGGAAGGAAGGAUGACCCUGCUGUGACCAAGACUCCUCUACCAGUGUCUAAUGAACAGGACUGGAGAAGAAGGACUAGUUGCCCUCUGAGGAAGACUGACUGGAGAGAGAGGGAGAGGGAGAGAGAGAGAGAACUGUGCUGCCUUUCCUUCUGAGGAAGACUGGAGAGCAAGAGAGAGAGAAAGAGAGAGAGAGAGAGAGAAGAAAAAUAGAGGGAAAGAGGACUCUGACUCUGCAGGUUGCUAAUCUCUGAAGCUGAGGAGAGAGAGACAGAGAGAGAGACAGACAGACAGACAGACAGACAGACAGACAGACAGACAGACAGACAGACAGACAGACAGACAGACAGACAGACAGACAGAGAGAGAGAGAGAGAGAGAGCGAGCGAGAGCGGAGGCAAAGCCACGCACACUGUGGAAGCAGGAAUUUGUGUGUUAGUGUAUUAGCCUCAAUUCCUCUGCUUCCCUCCAGCCCUCAGCUCUGCCUGCCUAUGCAUGGCAUAGCCUGUGCGAGAGACAGCAAAAUAAAUAACGAAAGAAAGGACAGAGAAAUAUCGAAAUCGAGAGGGGUCCACAGCAUCUCCCCAUCCGUCCAUCAGCAUGUCGUCCAACGAGCUGAGUGCUCCAGACGCUGACUCUGGAUGCAUCCGCACCUUUAAAGAACACAUGCACCUGGAGCUGAACACUGGCCAGGGGGGGAAGAGGGGCGCCAUGUCGCCCAAACUGUCCCCCCGCAGUUCCCCGCGCUUCUUCCGCAAGCUCAUGGUCAACAAGGGGGGGAUCCGCCACCGUCGGCGCUUCACCGUCGCUCACACCUGCUUUGAUGUGGAGAAUGGCCCAUCAGCCAGCUGCAGUCCAUUGGACCCUUCAGCAUCUCCCGGGUCAGGCCUGGUCCUACACACCAACUUCCCUGGACACAGCCAGCGCAGAGAGUCCUUCCUCUACCGCUCAGACAGUGACUACGAACUCUCGCCCAAGUCCAUGUCCCGAAACUCCUCCAUCACAUCCGAACUACAUGGUGAUGACCUGAUAGUAACGCCUUUUGCUCAGGUCCUCGCAAGCCUUCGAAGUGUAAGAAAUAACUUCACAGUCCUGACCAAUGUCCAAUGUGCUUCAAACAAGAGGUCCCCUGCGGCCACUCAGCCUCCCAUCACAAGAGUCUGUCUGCCAGACGAGUCGUACCAGAAGCUGGCCAUGGAGACCAUGGAGGAGCUGGACUGGUGUCUGGACCAGCUGGAGACCAUCCAGACCUACCGCUCCGUCAGUGACAUGGCCUCCAACAAGUUCAAGAGAAUGUUGAACCGGGAGCUGACACACCUGUCAGAGAUGAGUCGCUCUGGGAACCAGGUGUCCGAGUUCAUCUCCAACACCUUAAUGGACAAACAGAACGACAUGGACAUGCCAUCUGUGACGCCCAAGGAGAAGGCUGGUCGGGAGAGGAAGAAGCAGCAGCAGCUGAUGACUCAGAUCACUGGAGUAAAGAAGAUCUCUUAUGGACCCUCCCUCUCCAACUCCUCCAUCUCACGUUUCGGGGUCAAGACGGACAAGGAGGACAUGCUCUCCAAGGAACUGGAGGAUCUGAAUAAGUGGGGGUUGAACAUCUUUACCGUGUCAGAGUACUCCGAACAUAGACCUCUCACCUGUAUCAUGUACACCAUCUUCCAGGAGAGAGACCUGUUGAAGACCUUUAAAAUCCCGACAGAGACGUUUGUGGCGUACAUGAUGACCCUGGAGGACCACUACCAUGGAGAUGUGGCCUACCACAACAGCCUCCACGCGGCAGACGUGGCCCAGUCCACACACAUCCUGCUCUCUACACCAGCCCUCGAUGCGGUUUUCAGCGAUCUAGAGAUCUUGGCGGCCAUCUUUGCUGCAGCAAUCCAUGAUGUGGACCACCCGGGGGUGACCAACCAGUUCCUCAUCAAUACCAACUCUGAGCUAGCCCUGAUGUACAACGAUGAGUCCGUGUUAGAGAACCACCAUCUAGCUGUGGGCUUCAAGCUGCUGCAGGAGGACAACUGUGACAUCUUCCAGAGCCUGACCAAGAAGCAGAGGCAGAGCCUGAGGAAGAUGGUCAUCGAAAUGGUUCUGGCCACUGACAUGUCCAAGCACAUGAGUCUGUUAGCUGACCUGAAGACCAUGGUGGAGACCAAGAAGGUGACCAGCUCUGGGGUCCUGCUGCUGGACAACUACACGGACAGAAUACAGGUGCUGAGGAACAUGGUUCACUGUGCUGAUCUGAGUAACCCUACCAAGUCUCUGGAGCUGUACCGUCAGUGGACCGACCGCAUCAUGGAGGAGUUCUUCCACCAGGGAGACAGGGAGAGGGAGAGAGGCAUGGAGAUCAGCCCCAUGUAUGACAAGCACACUGCCUCAGUAGAGAAAAGCCAGGUGGGUUUCAUAGACUACAUCGUCCACCCUCUGUGGGAGACGUGGGCUGACCUGGUGCACCCUGACGCUCAGGACAUCCUGGACACUCUGGAGGACAACAGGAACUGGUACCAGAGCAUGAUUCCCCAGAGCCCCUCUCCUCCCUGGGCCACGGAGCAGCGGGAGCAGGGUGGAGGUGAAGGGGGCCAGGCGGGAGACAAGUUCCAGUUUGAACUCACCCUGGAGGAGGAGGACUCUGAGGGUACAGAGAAAGAUGAACAGAGCCAGGGGGAUGAGGAGGAGGAAGAGGAUGUUCUGGGGGAGUCGUCUCGCUCUCCGGUUGACUAUUUUGACUGUCAGGACCCCGAGGAAUCCAUGGAGCCCACGUCAUCCAUAGCGAUAAUUACCCACGAUGCAUCACCCACAGAUACUUAAUGGGCUCUGCUGCACCGCAAUGGUGGUUGGUUUCAUGUUUUAAACAGGAGAAAUCCUGCAGCUGUGCUUUUUAACAAGCCCACGGGGGUCUUAGUUUGAGCUUGCAUGGGGCGUCAGUUUCAACCCCCCCCAUCCUUGCACUUGCGUUAGGAGCCGGCAACAGAGGGACAGUUUCAGUGGGGCGGCUACGGAGUUCUCAGGAAAAAUGCUGCAAACAUUUUGGGCCUGAAGGACGGAAAGGCCUCUGAGGAAAUUAAAUGAAGGACUUGGGCCAAUAUGGGAAAUGGUUGUUUUUCCAUCCCGACUGGCAUCUGAAAUGUCGAUACUACUACUGAGAGAAGUUUUGUACCUUGUGACUUUUUUACUGAAAUGGGAUGUCAUGAGGUAGCUUAUGAACUACUGAUUGAUGGACAUGAGUUUAUAUAGAGAGAAAAAAUAUGUUCACUUUUUUCUUGUAUCAGUUGUCAGAGGACUUUUGUGUGCCUUUUUACUAUUAUCUUUUGAAUAUUUUUUUUUAAUUUAUUGAACACACUUUAGUAUGAAUGUUUUUUUGUUUCGUUUUUUCGAAAGCUCAAGAGCAAAAUCCUUUUAUAUCUCAGACAAAGAGAACAGUCUUCCUACUAGUAUUGGGCAAUAGAAGAAAUCCUCACUAACUUAGACAAACAAUUCCUGGACAUACUCAUCAAAUACUAAAAACAUGUUUUCCCAUAAUAAGAUAUACACAUUCUGUCAUCUUAAUCCAUGUACAAAAUCUAUGUUUCUAUAUGGAAAUUAAAUGUACACAAUGUACACAUUCAUGUUACAUGUCUAGAUUGUCAGACCUCACUGUAGACAAAUGGUAGGCAGAUAGAUGUUCACUGUAACUCCAGAAAACAGUUGGACCCUCAUGGAUCAAAUCCUGAUAUCGUUCAGACUCCAAACAAAUGUCAACAUCAUAGACAGAAAUAGCACUUGGCAGCCAAAGCAAAGUUUCUUAUCACAUGCAGUUGGAAGGCUGUUUCCAGCUUCCUCUCGAGGUAUCCUGCUGUCGUCUAUUAAUCCUACUAGACCAAAGAUUCCAGAACCUAACUGGUUCUGAUAAUGUAACAAUCUAUCUAAGGAAGGACCCCCUGUCCCUGUAGAAUCAGGACCGGUCCAGAUGAUGAAAGGUGGCCAGGCGGCUGUAUGUCUAGAAGUCAGCUGCACUAUAAUUAUCCACAUGGUUUAUACAGUUCAGCUAUUUAUUCAUCCACCUAAUAAAAGGGCAUGAAGUGCUGCUUCUACCCAUUGACCUUAAUCUUCCCUUCCCACUGACUGUAUCACAUUUCCUGGCCGGACGGGAAGUUUAUCAGGAUUUGGUCCGUUAGAUUUCAUCCUCAGAUUAGAUUCGGCACGUAGAAACUGUUGAAUGUCUGCUGCAAAACCCAAACCUGAGGAGAAAAAUACUUAUUGUUGAGAACAAGAGGAUGAUGACCCCACAGUAGUAGGUUAUCUAGAGAUGAUGUGA